AUGGAGGUCGAUACGAUUGACGAGCCCAUCCCCAAGGUGCGCGAAAAUGGCGCCCUUGUCGUGGAAAAGCCCCGAAUGGAGCUCAUGCCCAAGCACGAAAGGCAACAGCUUCGUCGGAUACGAGAAGCAAACAAGGCCUACGGUCGGGGCAAGAAGAUCAACACCAAGAACAUCAAGGACAAGAAGCUGCGAAGUAACAUGAAGCGACUAGAGGGGAAAUACCAAGAUGCCGCAAUAAGAGCCAAGGAUGCCGAGAUCCUUCUUGAGAACACAAGUGGUUUUCUUGAAACCGAAGGCGAGAUGGAACGCACCUUCAAGGUCCGCCAAGAAGACAUCGUUUCCGAUAUUGGCGUCGCGACGGCACAAAAACGCUUCGACUUGAAGCUCGACGCUCUCGGUCCUUAUAUCUGCGACUACACGAGGAACGGAAGAGAGCUGCUGCUUGCUGGGCGCAAGGGUCAUGUUGCGACUAUGGACUGGAGGGAGGGUAAACUUGGCUGCGAGCUGCAGUUGGGCGAGACUAUUCGCGACGUCAAGUGGCUGCAUAAUAAUCAGUACUUUGCCGUUGCGCAAAAGAAGUAUGUCUAUAUUUACGACAGGAAUGGCGUGGAGCUACAUAAUUUGCGGAAGCACAAUGAGGUUACGCACAUGGAGUUUCUGCCAUACCACUUUCUCCUGGCAACAAUUGGAGCCGGCGGUGUAAUCAAAUAUCAAGACACAUCAGUCGGCCAACUCGUCGCCGAAAUGCCCACAAAACUAGGACAACCAGUAUCCAUGGCGCACAACCCCUACAAUGCCAUCCUCCACGUCGGACACCAAAACGGCACCGUCACACUAUGGUCACCCAAUUCACAAGAACCCCUCGUCAAACUACUAGCGCACCGCGGCCCCGUGCGAUCGCUAGCCAUGGACAGAGAAGGCCGCUACAUGGUGUCAACAGGGCAAGAUCUCAAGAUGGCCGUAUGGGAUAUACGAAUGUUCCGAGAAGUCAACAACUACUACACCCGCCAGCCCGCCUCAUCAGUAGCCAUCUCCGACACUGGCCUCACAGCCGUUGGAUGGGGCACCCAAACCACCAUCUGGAAAGACCUUUUCAACAAGCACAACACCGUGCAGGAGAAAGUAAAAGCCCCCUAUAUGACAUGGGGCGGCGAAGGCAAGCGCAUCGAGCGCGUCCGAUGGUGUCCAUUCGAAGAUAUUCUCGGCGUAACUCACGACCAGGGCUUCUCGUCGCUCAUCAUCCCCGGCGCAGGCGAGGCCAACUUUGACGCUCUGGAAGCGAACCCCUUCGAGACGGCCAAGCAGCGGCAGGAAUCCGAAGUCAAGGGUCUGCUGAACAAGCUUUCGCCUGAGAUGAUUGCCCUGGAUCCCAACUUCAUUGGCAACCUGGAUCUGCGGUCCGACGCGCAGCGAAAGGCAGACAAGGACUUGGACGCUCCGGCGGCAGAUGUAGCAGAGGAGAUCAGGAAGAGGGCUCGAGGCAAGAAUGGCGCGCUGAAGAAGUACCUGCGCAAGCAGAGGAAGAAGAACGUCAUCGACGAGAAGAGGAUGCGGGUGGACGAGCUAUGGAACGAGCAGCAGAAAUUGAAGGACAAGAAGAGACAGGAGGUGGAGGCGGACUUGGGACCAGCACUGUCAAGAUUUGUCAGGAAGGAUUGA